AUGGCUAACCCUACAAACAAUGCUGAACCCCCAAAUGCGGAUGCAGAAAUGAAUAGUAAAAGAAGAAGAAAGAAAUCCAUAGUUUGGGAACACUUCACAAUAGAAACCAUUAAUGCUGAAUGUACAAAAGCCCGUUGUAUGCAAUGCAAAAAGGUAUUCUCUUAUAUCACAGGCUCAAAGUUAGCUGGCACAAGCCACCUCAAACGCCACAUCGCAUUGGGAAUCUGCCCUGUGGGCCGCACCAAUCAGCAAAAUGGUCAACUCUUGUCAUUGACCCCUCUCACCCUUACUGAAAGUCAAGAAGUCAACGAUCUUCCAAGAAAACGCCAUAAAACCACAUCAAAUAGCAUCUCUUUUUACCAUAAUCGAUGCAGACAUGAUAUAGCCAAGAUGAUUAUAAUGCAUGAAUACCCUCUUACCAUAGUGGAAUGCCCUGCCUUUUUAAACUCUGUAAGAGCCCUUCAACCUCAAUUCCCAAAAAUACCCCUUGAUGGUAUCGAAAAAGAAUGUGUAGAGUUAUACAAGAGAGAAAAAGAAACCCUUUUGAAUCUUGUAAACAGUGUCAAUGGAAGAGUCAACCUUUCGUUAGAUAUGUGGUCAACAGAUCAAAGUGUAGGGUAUGCUUUCAUAACAGGUCAAUUCAUUGAUGAUGAUUGGAAACUCCAUCGAAGGAUCCUCGGAAUCGUGUUGUUGCCAUUCCCGGAAUCGGAAUCGGCUUUUAACCACGGGAUUCUUUCGUGUAUUUCCGAUUGGAAUCUUGAAAACAAGUUGUUUGCUAUAACUCUUGAUGAAUCUUUUGCUAACAAAGAGGUGAGAAAGAAUAUGAAACGUUUACUUUCCGAAAAAAACCCUUUGAUUCUUAAUGGAAAACUCUUGAUUGGGAGCUGUUACGCGCGUGUGUUGUGUCAACUCGCUCAAGAUUCCCUAGGGGCAUUAUCGGAAACUGUUAAAAAAGUUCGCAAGAGUGUAAAGUAUGUUGUCUUACUCGAGGGUACCCAAGAAACAUUUAAUGGUCUUAAACUAAAACUUCAAGUCCCAAGCACAAAAUCUCUUGUUCUUGAUGACCAAAAUCAAUGGAACACAACUUAUCAUAUGCUAAUCGCUGCGUGUGAAUUAAAAGAAGUGUUCUCUUGUUUAGACGCCUACGACCCAAAUUACCAAAUUACCCUCACAAUGAACGAAUGGAAAGAACUCGAAAUCCUCUGUACUUUCUUGAAACUCUUGAUCGACGCUGCUAAUAUCUUAACGGGUCCCACGUAUCCGACUUCAAACGCGUUCUUUCAUGAAGUAUGGAAGCUACAACUCGAGCUUAAAAAUGGAACAAUGAGUGAUGAUUUAUUUGUAAGAAGUUUAAUCACACCAAUGUAUGAAAGAUUCAAUAGAUACUGGAAAGAUUCGUUUCUCGUGUUCUCAAUUGCUGUUGUCAUGGAUCCUCGAUUUAAAAUGAAGCUUGUGGAGUUCAGUUUCUCAAGAAUCUAUGGAGAAUACGCAGCUGCUGAUUGGAUCAAAACAGUGAAUGAUGGAGUCUACGAGCUUUUCCUUGAUUAUGUUGUUCAAAUGCUUCCACCUCCAACUUUUGUUGUUAAUGGAAACGAAGGAUUCGAAGAAGAAACGAGACUUCAUUGCGAGAUUUUGAAAACCGAAGUCGAUGAAAACGAGAUUUUUUUAUCGACAAGUGAUGAGCUUUCGGAUUUCGAAGUUUACAUCUCCGGAAUCACGAGUCAUGGGAAUAUGAAACCGGAAUUGGAUCAGUACUUGGAGGAAUCGGUGUUACCCCGGAUGCAGGAAUUCGACGUGUUGGGGUGGUGGAAAUUGAACCGGAAAAAGUACCCGACAUUGUCGAAAAUGGCAUCGGAUAUUUUGUGUAUUCCGGUGUCUACGGUCGGAAAGGAAUCGGUGUUUGAUAUGAGAUGUAGGAAGAUGGAUAGAUAUAGAAGUUCGUUAAGACCUUCAACAGUUGAAGCGCUUAUUUGUGCUAAGGAUUGGUUGAAGUAUGGGUCGCCGGAAUAUUCUUCUCCGAGAUCGGUGGUGAAGAUGGAGUUGUAG